AUGGACCAAAGAGAAAUUUUACAGAAGUUCCUGCAGGAGGCCCAGAACAAGAAAAGCCACAAAGAAAAGUUUGCUGGUGAAUUUUUGAAGUUGAAGAGACAGUCCACCAAAUACAAGACAGACAAAACCUUUCCCACCACAGUGGCUGAGAAGCCCCAGAAUAUCAAGAAAAACCGAUAUAAGGAUAUCUUGCCCUAUGAUCAUAGCUUGGUAGAGCUGUCUCUGAUAACCUCUGAUGAAGAUUCUAGCUACAUCAAUGCCAACUUCAUUAAGGGAGUUUAUGGAUCCAGGGCAUAUAUUGCUACCCAGGGUCCUUUGUCUACAACUGUCCUAGACUUUUGGAGGAUGAUCUGGGAAUACAGUGUCCUGAUCAUUGUUAUGGCAUGCAUGGAAUUCGAAAUGGGGAAGAAAAAGUGUGAGCGCUACUGGACUGAGCCAGGAGAGACGCAACUACAAUUGGGUCCUUUUUCCAUAUCCUGUGAGGCUGAGAAAAGAAAAUCUGAUUAUAUAAUCAGGACUCUCAAAGCCAAGUUUAACAGUGAAACUCGAACCAUUUACCAAUUUCAUUACAAGAACUGGCCUGACCAUGACGUGCCUUCAUCAAUAGACCCUAUUCUUGAGCUCAUUUGGGAUGUGCGCUGUUACCAAGCCGAUGAUGGGGUUCCCCUCUGCAUUCAUUGCAGUGCUGGCUGUGGAAGGACUGGUGUUAUUUGUGCUAUUGAUUAUACAUGGAUGUUGCUAAAAGAUGGGAUAAUUCCUGAGAAUUUCAGUGUUUUUAACUUGAUCCAGGAGAUGCGAACCCAGAGGCCUACACUGGUUCAAACUCAGGAAGAAUAUGAAUUGGUCUACAAAGCAAUCUACGAACUAUUUAAGAGACAGAUGGAAAUUAUUGAUGAUCAAUAUCCUGCAAAAGAGGUUCCUGCAAAGUAUUCAGUUCCUCAGCAAAAUUCUGCUCUCGAAGAAGAUGACUAUUACUCUUCUAAUUUACCAAAUAUCAUCAAAGAAACAAAAGUCACCAAUCAACAGAGCAAACAAAGGAUAAGGGAGACAAAACCAGAAGCACCUACCAUUGAACUCACAGCUUCUAAACUAAGUGAGAAAGAUUUACUUCUGAACCCUACAAAAGAGUGUAGCUCUUCGGAGGUUUUGAAACUUAAUAGUGAUUGUCACCAAAAUGCUAACACAAUAAUAAAACGGGAGAAAAAGGCAUUUCCAGGAACCGGAGAGUUUUUCCAGAAACAUCAGAGUUUGGACUUGAGCUCCAUUUUGCUGGAGACAUAUUCUAAUUCUAAAUCUGUGAAUGCAGCAGGAGGAUAUUUGCAUUCAAAGGGCUUGAUAACACGGACCAAAUCAACUCCUUUUGAAUUUAUCCAGCAGAGAGACACAAAAGACUUGGGCAGGAAGGAACGUUUUUUUAACUUGGCUUCCCAACAUGCAAGUCUUGAGCAGGAUCAGAAACUGAUGCAUGUUUCUUCAGCAGAACUGAAUUAUUCACUAUCACGCAACUCUAAGCCCCAAAUGUGUAAUGUCUCUGAAGAAUGGCACAAGUCCCGAGCUUUCAUUGCCAAUUCCUACAUGUGUCUAGCAGAAGAUCCUUAUUUUUCCUCCAUGUCUCUGCCGUAGAGUACUGGCUCUAAAUGUCGCUGGAUUUUACCCGAAAAGCCAAAUGAGACCAUUUCACCUUGUCCUUUGUUGUCAACAUCCUGCUAAACUCGUUUUCAUCACAAUUCAUCAGGAUCUUUAGCACCAAUUUCUCCCUACCAAUUUCCCUCCACCAAUUAUGCCACUACCAGUGGACCAAGUGAUAGCAGUUGUAUAACUUCUCCACGGAUAGAUGAAGAGACCCCCCCUCCACUUCCUGAACGGACACCCGAAUCUUUUAUUGUUAUAGAAGAGGCUGGAGAAAUCUUACCAACUGUUCCCAAAUCCUUAUCUUCAGCUCUGAAGACAAAAAUUGGAACAUCCCUGGAAUGGAAUCUCCAGGAAGAUCGUUCUUCUCCUCCACCACCUCCACUUCCAGAAAGAACCCUGGAGUCCUUCCUUCUUGCUGACGAAGAUGGAACGCAGGCUCAAUCUAUAGAGACUUAUUCUACUAGCUUUCCUAACUUGAUGGAAAAUAUAACAUCUUCCAAACAGACAUUGAAGACUCCUGGAAAAAGUUUCACAAGGAGUAAGAGCUUGAAGAUUUUGCGAAACAUGAAAAAGACUCUCUGUAAUUCUUCCCCACAAAACAAGCCUGCAGAAUCUGUUCAGUCAAAUAACUCCAUCUCUUUUCUGAAUUUUGGUUUUGCAAAUCGUUUUUCAAAACCCAAAGGACCAAGAAACCCACCUCCAAGUUGGAAUAUUUAA